UGGUAACUUUGAAGAAAGGCUCUUUCUUGGCUGAAGAAGCUUCAACAGCCGGUCCUUCAAGUACUGAAACAGAAAAACUUCACGGCCGUUAUUGUUUUCUUUGCAUGCUAUUUUUCUUUAGAGGGGACUUCCAUAAACAUUCAUUGAUAUCAAAACGCUUGGGAGAGUUAGGGAAAAAAUGAAUUCAUGAACUUCUGCAAAGGAUGAAAGUGAACAAGGUGUGAGCUUCAAUGCUUAUGUCCACAAAAGCUCUUAGAGAAGAUGGCUGAUGUAAGCCUGAAGGAAGCAGCAUUAAUACUUGGUGUGGUGGCAGCUUGCUACUGGAACAGUCUCUUUUGUGGCUUUGUUUUUGAUGAUGUUUCAGCAAUUUUGGACAAUAAAGAUUUGCAUCCUUCUACUCCUUUAAAAAAUUUGUUUCAGAAUGACUUCUGGGGGACUCCGAUGUCUGAGGAGAGGAGUCAUAAAUCUUACCGUCCCCUCACAGUCCUCACAUUUCGCUUAAACUACUUGUUCAGCGAGUUAAAUGCAGUUUCCUACCACUUCCUAAAUCUGGUCUUUCAUGCGGUGGUUUGUAUAGUCUUCCUCAAGGUCUGUAAGCUUUUUCUGGACAGCAGGAGCAGUGUAGUUGCGUCCUUGCUCUUUGCAGUGCACCCAAUACAUACUGAAGCGGUAACUGGAGUUGUGGGCAGAGCAGAACUUUUAUCAUCUAUCUUUUUUCUGGCUGCUUUUUUGUCAUACACUAAAUCCAAAGGGCCAGAUAAUACCAUAGUGUGGACUCCAAUUGCAGUGACGGUGUUUCUAGUAGCUGUUGCAACGUUGUGCAAAGAACAAGGAAUAACAGUAGUGGGAAUAUGCUGUGUAUAUGAAGUAUUUAUUGCUCAAGGGUACACCUUGCCCGUGCUGUUGGACACAGCUGUACAGAUUCUUCGAGGGAAGGGCAGUAUCCCUUUCGCUAUGCUCCAAACACUGCUAAAGCUCAUUGUCCUAAUGUUCAGUACGCUGCUUCUUGUUGUAGUCAGAGUCCAGGUUAUUCAGUCUCAACUUCCAGUGUUUACAAGGUUUGAUAACCCAGCUGCUGUAAGUCCAUCUCCAGCAAGGCAGCUGACUUUCAACUACCUCCUGCCUGUAAAUGCUUGGCUGCUUCUCAACCCCUCAGAAUUAUGCUGUGACUGGACAAUGGGAACUAUUCCUCUUGUGGAGUCUUUGUUAGAUGUCAGAAAUGUUGCCACUCUUACAUUCUUUUGCUUUCUGGGAUCUUUAAUUGUCUUCAGUCUCCGAUAUCCUGGGGAUUCCUCCAAGACUGUACUGAUGGCACUGUGCUUAAUAGUGUUACCAUUCAUUCCUGCAUCAAACCUUUUUUUUCCUGUUGGGUUUGUAGUGGCAGAACGAGUGUUGUAUGUUCCUAGCAUGGGAUUCUGCAUUUUAGUAGCACAUGGAUGGAAGAAAUUAUCCAAUAAAAGUGUGCUAAGAAAGAUUUCUUGGGUGUGUUUGGCAGUGGUACUAUUCACUCACGCCUUAAAAACACUGCACAGAAACUGGGAUUGGGAGUCAGAGUACACAUUGUUUAUGUCAGCUUUAAAGGUAAAUAAGAACAAUGCAAAACUAUGGAAUAAUGUGGGGCAUGCAUUAGAAAAUGAAAAGAAUUUUGAAAGAGCUUUGCAAUUCUUCAUACAAGCCACCCAAGUGCAACCAGAUGAUAUUGGUGCCCACAUGAAUGUAGGAAGAACUUACAAAAAUUUAAACAAAACUAAAGAAGCUGAAGAAUCAUAUAUGAUUGCCAAAUCAUUGAUGCCACAGAUUAUUCCAGGUAAAAAGUAUGCAGCAAGAGUUGCUCCUAACCAUCUGAAUGUUUAUAUCAAUCUUGCAAACUUAAUUCGAGCAAACGAAUCUCGCCUUGAAGAAGCAGAUCAGUUAUAUCGACAAGCAAUUAGUAUGAGGCCAGAUUUCAAGCAGGCUUAUAUCAGCAGGGGAGAAUUACUUCUAAAAAUGAACAAACCUCUGAAAGCUAAGGAAGCUUAUCUUAGAGCUCUAGAAUUAGAUAGAAGCAAUGCAGACCUGUGGUACAACCUGGCAAUUGUUUUCAUUGAGCUAAAAGAUCCGACAGAAGCUCUGAAGAAUUUCAACCGAGCACUGGAACUGAACCCAAUGCAUAAACUGGCAUUGUUCAACUCAGCACUACUAAUGCAGGAAUCUGGUGAUGCUCGGCUUAGACCUGAAGCUAAACAAAGACUGUUAAAUUAUGUGAAAGAAGAACCACAGGAUGCCAAUGGCUAUUUCAAUUUGGGCAUGCUGGCAAUGGAUGACAAAAAAGAUACGGAAGCAGAGGCUUGGAUGAAGAAAGCGAUAAGGUUACAGCCAAACUUCCGAAGUGCGUUGUUCAAUUUGGCACUGCUUUAUUCUCAGACAGCAAAAGAACUGAUGGCAUUGCCCAUCCUGGAAGACCUACUGAAAUAUUAUCCUGAUCAUACCAAAGGUCUGAUUUUAAAAGGAGAUAUUUUAAUGAACCAAAAGAAAGAUAUAAGUGGAGCAAAAAUGUGUUUUGAAAAAAUUCUGGAACUGGAUCCUAACAAUGUACAAGGGAAACAUAAUCUUUGUGUGGUUUACUUUGAAGAACGAGACUUAAUGAAAGCAGAAAAAUGUUUGGUUGAAACUCUAGCACUGGCACCUCAUGAGGAAUAUAUUCAACGUCAUCUAAACAUAGUCAGAAGUAAAAUUGCGUCUCUCAGUGCUGCGGAACAGUCAUCACUUCCAGCAGAUGGGAUUGCAGCUGUAGAAGAAAAAAAAAAAUCAUUUGAAAAUUUGAAAGAAGUAAAAAACGAGAAGAAAGCCACCCAAACAACAGUUAAUAAAGGGCAGUUAAAAAAUAAGAAGCGAACAGAGAGAAACAACAUGGACAAAGAGACUCCCAAAAAAUCUGCAAAGGAAAUCAAAGACAUUGAGAAAAAGAGAGUCGCUGCUUUGAAAAGACUAGAAGAGAUUGAACGUAUAUUAAAUGGUGAAUAGCCUUUAUCAUGUCACAACAGAAUAGGGAGAGUGUUCUAUUUUUUGUUAUUGUUUAAUAUGUGAUCCAGCUAGAAAGUGGACUCAGUGCUUUGAAAGCAGAAAUAAUGUCAACUGCAUAUCAGUUAAGCAGCAAAAGGCAGUUCUACAAUGCUUUAUGUGAGAAAACGGCAACUUUUAAGUGUGGGAGAUGGUUAGGGAUAGAAGGAUAAAGGGUUGAGAAUAACAUAACUGCAGAAACUUCUAAUAGUGAGCAUGUGGCACUCCAAUAUUAAAAUUAUUGAUAGCAAGGGGUAUUCAGUAACAAUCGGUGAAAGAGCUGAAUGGAGAGUUAAUGGUUUAAACCAGACAUUACUUCUUUCCCCACAUAAGCCUGUUUGCAUUUUCUCCAUUUCAGUUUGCACAUGAGCGGUUUAAAUCUUUCUAGACCUCUGCUAUACAUGAAAAGCAUUUUCUUUGCAUUAUUUGUUUCCAGAGCUUAGCAAAAGGACAAUAAAUACCACUGGUGGUUGUAUGUGUGUGUUAGGCCAUAGGAUGAUGCAACAGCACACUAAAAUUCUUUCAGUUGUGUUCUGAAUACGGGAUGGUAUAAUAACCUUUUAAUUGCUCUUUACUUACAAUGCUAAUGGUUUGUACUGUUUUAUCUGAUAGAGAUCUUAUGGUGCUCUUAAAAUCUUUAGACUAUGCUGUACUAUUUUUAAAAGAAGUAUGUGUUUUUCUUCAACUGUUGAUCAUCUGGUUGUUUUUAAAAAUUACUUUAAAAAGGGGGGGUGGGGGUAGUUUUUCCACUUUUUCCUCAGUUCAUUGGAUGCUGAAAAAUGCACUUUUGAUUCAGUAACCAGUAUGCUAUGCAGCAGUCCUUGUUGACUUUGUAUUGAUGACUGUGGAUUGACUCCCUGGUGUAGUAAAAUUAUUCCUUGUGUAUAGUAAACUGGCUUUACUAUUUCAGUCAUUGGAACAGUAUUUUUAGUCUCUUGACUUUUCACACAACUAAUUUGAAUAAUGAUUAGCCAUUGCUUAGGGCAAUGUGGAAAAUAACUAAGCCAUUGAAUUUAGCAGUUUAGCACAAGGAAAUGUGGAUAAUAUGCUUCCAAAUGCCAAGUUCUGUUGUUUUUAUGUUUUGUUGUGGGUGUUUGUUUUUUAUUAAAUAUUUAUUUUGACUACUAAAAUAUUCCCAUUUACACUUUUCCACUAAUGCAUCAUUUUAACUUCUUACAUGAAAUUAAUUUUUUUUAAAAUCUGUGUUGCUUUUAUCCUUGUGCAAUGCAUGUAUUUGUUAAAAAUAUAUUACUUAUUAGUAAGUCUGUUGUCCUCAUUAACUGUGAGGAAGAAAAGAAAUAUAAGAGUUGGGUUGAAUAAUAGUUUAAUUAAUCCUUAAAUCUAACUAUUUCUCUCCUAUGUUUUGUCUUAUUUCAAGAUUCAGAAGCAUUCCUUAGCAACCCUACUACCGUGACCCUUUCUGUAACUGCUCAGUUUUCUGCUUCAGGCUGUAAUCUAGCUGUAAGACGUAAUAUUUAUCUUUGUGGGAGGGAAUCUUAAAUGUUUGAAGGUCUUGCAGGGACCUCUUCUUUAUUACAUGUAAUUUGUAAUGUUACCACAACAAUUGCUUAUAUGGUAAUAACAAAGGGAAAAGUGUUUCAGAGGUAUUGUUUUUGAUUUUUAAACAUAGUUUGAAAGCUACAGACAAGAACAGGUACCUGGUGUCCAGCAGUUUCUGUACAUAAGUGCUCUGUAACACCCUUAUUGACCACACCAUGAAAAUCACUGCUUCAUCUUGGCUGUGAGUAACUGUCAGAUACUUCUAGCUGAAAUAGUGUCAUAGAAACACGAACUUGCGUAUUCCAUCUAUCCCCUGACCUUUGCUUUACAAAUGAAUGAGUCAUCAUCCUGGGUGACAGAAAGGAACAGUCACUUGAAAGUGGGAGGAACUAAGUAGUAAGAAAAGGUACUUGCUCUCUGACUAAGCCAGCCAGAAUUCUACUUUCCUUUAUAAGCUGAAGAGCUUCUAAAAUCUAGUUGCCAUACCACUUUUAUUUUACUGAGUCAGUGUAGUCAAGAGUGGUUUUUUUGUUGGUUUUUUUUUUUUUAAAAAGGCAUGCUUGCAACUUGUGCAAUUGCGCCAGGGCAGGUAAGAGUACUUUAAAAAAAUAAAUACUGUUGCUCUGCUCUCAUCUUGACCUUCCAAGUAGCUCUUCUUGAAGAACUAGCAAGAAGUAUUUAGAUUUCUUGACGCUUAAGAGGUGCCACCAGUUUUAACUAACAUCCUCGAUCAAUGUAAACUGAACUGUGCUAAAAGUAUGUCUUUCAGGCCAUCUGCAGGUACUGUGCAGUGUGGGUUUUUUGUUUUUUGUUUUUUUAAGAAGUUUUAGUAUUUUGACUGAUGUCAGUGUGCUGAUUUAUAUUUAACCUGUUGUGAUGUGUCAACAAUUUUUAAAUUACACUCCCACAGGAAAAAUAGUAUAGUAAAUUUAAGUGGUAUCACUUCUGAAAAAAUAAUCAAGGCUAUUGCCUUUUCUCAUGGAAAACUGUGAUGGAAAAUAUAACUUUGGCUUCAUUUACUUGCAGAUAAAAUGGAGAGACAAUUGACAGGCAUUUUUCCCUUUCAACACAGUCUGUUCUCUUUACUCCUCCUCCCACCAUCCGCAUGUACAAGGACACUAUAAGUCUUUUCAGAACCCCUAUUUUUGCUAAUAUUUGAGAAUUUGGGAUUUCCAGGAAUAGGAUAAGCAUACUAAAAUAACUUACAGCCCUAUUCUCAAAUACAGUUGCUGUGGUUGCUGGAGAAGCCUGAAGAAAUGCCUUCUGUCAACUUUGCAUAAGGAAUUGUUCAAACUUACGUACUGCUGCAAUAAACAUACUAAACUUUA